CUUUUCGGCCCGGGAACCGCGCCUCGUCGACCGGGGGUGGAAAAUAUCCCGUCUGAAGCACACGCGAACGCGAAGGGCACACGACGGCUGUGGACACAACAUUCUUCUCUCCGGCGUCGAUCUGCUCUAGCGGCCGCUUCUCACCGAUUAUCCCUGCACCAGUUCGAGUUGGAGAAGACGAACUUCCACCGUCUUGGGACCCUAUAUCCUCUCCUUUAGGUGCACAAAAGAAAAAAUCUCCUAUAGCUACUGCUUCAAAGACACAUGGAGGCUCUCCAAAAGGGAAAACAAGAGCAAAUUGGAAUUCUAUGUUAGAGAAGACCCUUGUUGACUUGUUACAUGAACACAAUACACCUGAAUAUAAGGGUAACAAUGGUUGGACACCCGAUGCAUGGAACAAGAUUGCCAAGGAAUUUCAAGAGAGGGAAAGAUAUGCAGGUUUCUCAAAAGUUCAAAUCCAAGAAAAGGAAAAGGAGUUAAAGAGAGAUUACAGGAUGUUGAAAGAUGCGAGGAAACAAAGCGGAGUUUCUUGGGAUGAGAAAAGGUGUAUGAUUCAAGCUGAUCCACCGAUAUGGGACAACAUAAUCAAAUCAUUUCCAAGGGCUAAAAAAUUCCGCAACAAAUCUUUUCCUCUGUUUGAAGCUUUGGGAGAGCUACAUGAUGGUAAUACUGCUGAAGGGACCUACAACUUCACUUCUACUCAACCAAAUGGUCCAGAUCUCACACAAAUUGGGUCUGGAGAUGUUCCUAUCAAUGUAGAAGACCGUGAAGAUGUGGGAGACCCUUUGGCGGAUCACAGACAAAAUGAAGUAGAAGACAGAGUGUAUAAAGUUGAAGGGGUUGAUGCAAAUGCUGAUAGGCAUGAUGAAAGGUCAAAAAGGACUUCUGCUAUUUCAAGGAAUGAAGAAGAAAAAGGACCAAAGAGGCCGAAGAAGAGUUCCAACAUAGAAACACUGAUGGAGAGGUACCUAGACAUUAGAAGCAAACAAACUGAAGAUGAAGCGACACAAUUGGCAAGAGAAAGGGAGACAAGGGGAGGUGAUGAUUUCUCAAUUAAGAAUUGCAUAGCAGUUCUAAACACAUUGGAAGUCACAAAAGAGGAGAAGGUCAAAGCAUAUAAGGUGUUCAAGGACCCUGACAAUCGACAGAUAUUCUUGAGUGCAUGCAAUGAUGAUAGAGAGGCUGCAUUGAUGUGGUUGAGGGAUGAGAUGGCUUAGCAGGUAUACCUAUAUAAACAAGCACACUUUAUUGUUGAUUCAUUUUCAUAGUAUUUCCAACAACUUGCGCUAGUCUCCUAACGCUAUAAUAAUAUUUUUAUACUUGCCUUUAAAAUUUUAGUGGCGAUGAUGCACCGUCCAGCCGAUAUCCUCCAAAAAUAGGGAUGUCUUCCAAAUUUUAAAGAUUAGCUCUGAAUGAUAAAUACAUGCAUGAUGUGAUGAUUAUAGUGUAUUAGAAUUGUGUUAUAUAUUCCUAGAAUUGCAUAGCAGUUGUUUCUGGCUUUUGAACGUUCACAACUGGCAGAAAACCUGAAUUAUAAUACAUCCAUGUAUUUUGGAUGCACAUAUGUUAAAUACGAGGAAC